UUCUUCCUCUUUGUCCCGCCCACUUCCGCGGGCACCCAACCGUGCGUCCCCUGCGUGCUGACGUCAGGCGCGUGCCCCUGUCCGGCAGCCGAGGAGGCCCCGCGCAGUGCUGCCAACGCCCCGGCGGAGAAGCUGAGGUCACCAUCUAAUUUGAAAUAUUAAAAGUGGAUACAAAACUAUUUCCACAAUGCAGACAAUUAAGUGUGUUGUUGUUGGUGAUGGUGCUGUUGGUAAAACAUGUCUCCUGAUAUCCUAUACAACAAACAAAUUUCCAUCGGAAUAUGUACCAACUGUUUUCGACAACUAUGCAGUCACAGUUAUGAUUGGUGGAGAGCCAUAUACUCUUGGACUUUUUGAUACUGCAGGGCAAGAGGAUUAUGACAGACUACGACCGCUGAGUUACCCACAAACAGACGUUUUCCUAGUAUGUUUUUCAGUGGUCUCUCCAUCCUCAUUUGAAAAUGUGAAAGAAAAGUGGGUGCCUGAGAUAACUCACCACUGUCCAAAGACUCCUUUCUUGCUUGUUGGGACCCAAAUUGAUCUCAGAGAUGACCCCUCUACUAUUGAGAAACUUGCCAAGAACAAACAGAAGCCUAUCACUCCAGAGACUGCUGAGAAGCUGGCCCGGGAUCUGAAGGCUGUUAAGUAUGUGGAGUGUUCCGCCCUCACACAGAAAGGCCUAAAGAAUGUGUUUGAUGAAGCAAUAUUGGCUGCCCUGGAGCCUCCAGAACCGAAGAAGAGCCGCAGGUGUGUGCUGCUAUGAACGCCUCUCCAGAGCCCUUUCUGCACAGCUGGUGUUGUCAUCAUACUAAAAGCAAUGUUUAAAUCAAACUAAAGAUUAAAAAUUAAAAUUGGUUUCUGCAAUAAUGACAAACGCCCUGCACCUACCCACAUGCACUCACGUGAGACAAGGCCCGUUGGUAUGGCUCCCUCCUUGCCCUUCCAGUAAUAGUUAAUUUUGAAUAAUUGUGUAUUGUCUGAAAAGUGACGAGUGUUAGUUUUUGUUUCCUUGUUUAAAAAAAAAAAAAAAGAUCCCACCAAUCUUUUGUUUUGUUUUGUUUUGUUUAAAAGCAAGGCAUGCUUGUGAUGACUUUGUAACAGACUAAUUUGAAUUGUCAAAGCUGCUCCCUGGUUCCAUUUUGGAGAGCAAUCUGGAGCAUCUUAGAUUCCCCCCACCCCCAGCCCUUCUCUCCUUUUGGGGUGUGUGGGGAGGGUUGUUUCUUAGUCUUGUUUUUUAAAAUUUGUUAACCAGUGGACAGCCCUUAGCAGGAGGACAGAUUAUUUCCACAUUCCACUCCCCAGGUCUAGUUUAGCAAAUGUGUCCCCACCUGGUGCUCUUAGGAAGGAGGGUAGAAACGCCUCAUUUAAUAACAUACUCCUUCUUGAAAGUUGACUUUUCUCUCCACCCUUGAGUGGAUCCAGUCUUUGAUGAAACUCAUAAAGGGAAAAGGAAGCUGUCUUGCCCCUCUUUUAGGAUGCACUCUGUAUGUGACUGUGACUUUCAAGGGUAUUUAUUUGCCCUUUGCUGAUUUGGGGAGGGGGGAUAAUUUCUAACUUCUUUCAUUGAUAAAUGAAAAAAAAAGUAUUGCACCUUUUGAAAUACACCAAAUGGAUUGAGUUCCUAAUUAAAAGAAGACGUUCUUUUGCCCCUGU